GGGAAAUUGAUUUUCUUGUAAUUUUCUGGGAAAAUUAAAAUCAAACGAGAAGAGUAAUUCGGUUGGAUUCCGGAAAUCUCAUUGUCGAAGGUUCUCCUUACGUUUUCGGGGAUCAAUUCAAACCUCCAACGAAAAGGAACUACCUUUGUUUCUUUUGAAAUUCCGAAUAAAGGGGAAAUUUUCGGAUUUGAUUUCCGGGUUUGGCGAAAUUUCUUCGAUUUUGGACCGGAAUUCGAAGCUAUGAGCAAUCUGCGAAGCAUCUGGAGACCGCACGCGGUGUUCUCUUCGAUCGUGUGUUGCAGCAGGAACCAAGCUCGAUCGGUAGUUAGGGUUUCCAUUCAAAACCUCGGUCACAGAGGUCGUUCGUCGAGUUCGUCCCUGUUCUCGCAUUGGUCUGGUUCCAGAGAUCUGAAUCUCCUCUUCCGCGUGACCCAGAGGAGAACCUUCGUCCGGGCAUCGAAUUGGACCGAAGAGAGAUCUCCGUACGAAACCCUCGAAUUAGAUCGAGAUGCAGAUGAAGAACAGAUUAAGGUCGCAUACAGACGCUUGGCGAAGUUCUAUCAUCCGGAUGUCUAUGAUGGAAAAGGGACGCUUGAGGAAGGAGAGACAGCGGAAGCGAGAUUCAUUAAGAUUCAAGCUGCUUAUGAAUUGCUUAUGGAUACAGAGAAGAGAAGACAAUACGAUAUGGAUAACCGAGUUAAUCCAAUGAAGGCAUCGCAAGCAUGGAUGGAAUGGCUGAUGAAGAAACGGAGAGCAUUUGAUCAGAGAGGUGACAUGGCUAUUGCAGCUUGGGCCGAGCAACAGCAGCGUGAAAUGAGCAUACGUGCACGCCGUCUUUCUCGUUCUAAGAUAGACCCGGAAGAAGAGAGGAAGCUGCUGGAGAAGGAGAAGAGAGCGUCGAGAGAGUAUUUCAACAGCACUCUGAAACGGCACACGUUGGUGUUGAAGAAAAGAGAUCUGAUGAGAAGGAAAGCUCAAGAGGAGAAGAGAAUGGUAAUAAGCCAGCUCUUGGCAGCCGAAGGCCUUGAGCUUGAUUCUGAAGAAGAAGAGGAGGAGGCCACCAAGUAGGGUUAAUAUUAUUAUUGUAUUGUACAAAAAUGCAUCAUAUAUCAUUAUUGUUAUAAUUAUUUCACAUCUUCAUAUAUGAAUCUCUAUUAUAUGAAAAAAUUGGUUGUAUGGAUUUAUUAUGAUUUCAAUUCAAGGGAGACAGCCACAAGUAGAUAAGGAAAGAA